AUGACGCAACGGCGGACAAAGUACAAGACGGUCGAGCAGGCCAAGAGCCGGCAUAGCACGGGGCCAUUCUCGUGGAAAGCGGGCAUCCUCUUCGUCGCCACAUGCGGCGCGCUGGUCUGGUACUUUGAGUUCGAGAAGGGGCGCAUGCAGAGGAAGAGGAUAGCGGAUGCGGCGAAGGGGAUUGGACGGCCCAAGGUCGGCGGCGACUUCGAGCUCGUCGACCAGGACGGGAAGGCCUUCACGAGCGCAAUGAUGAAAGGAAAAUACGCACUGGUGUACUUUGGCUUCACGCGCUGCCCCGACAUCUGCCCGGAGGAGCUCGACAAGAUGGCCCGCAUGCUUGACGUCGUUGAGGCCAAAGCCUCCGGCUCCCUCCUGCCCAUCUUCAUCACUUGCGACCCUGAGCGCGACGAUCCGGGCGCGCUCAAAUCCUACCUCGCCGAGUUCCACCCGUCCUUCAUCGGCCUCACGGGCACCUACGACCAGAUCAAGGACCUGUGCAAGAAGUAUCGAGUGUACUUUAGCACGCCGCAGAACGUCAAGCCGGGCCAGGACUAUCUCGUCGAUCACAGCAUCUACUUUUACCUCAUGGAUCCGGAGGGCGACUUUGUCGAGGCGCUGGGACGUCAGCAUUCCCCGGACCAGGGGGCGAAGCUGAUUCUGGACCAUAUGAAGGACUGGAAGGGGCCGAGAAACUAA